AUGGUGUCCAAGCUGCUGGGCCAGUUUUUCGUUGCUGAGCUGGCCAGGCGCGUGCCACCGUCCGUGGCCGUCGUCAACGCCGCCUCGCCCGGGUCCGUCCACGGCUUGCAGUUCAACUGCGACAUUGACGGCACGCUGGCCGGCGCCUUCCUCAAGACGGUCCUCCGCCGCGUCGGCAUCGAUACAUCCUCCUUGACCGGGGAUGAGAAGGCAGAGGCGUCGUGCAUUGAAGUAUUCAUUGUGACGCAGGUUGCCCCUCAGCUCGAUCGCCGCUGA